AUGAGUAAGAAAAAGGAAGAAAAAGAUCAAAUGAAUUUGUUACCUAGUGAUGAAAUUAAUUUCAUUGAUGGAGAGGAUGAGGAUGACAUUAUGGAAGUUAACAAUCGAGGAAAAAGGGUAGCCAGUGCAGGCAGUGCUAGUGUCAAUUCCUCAAAGAUGCAAAAGCAAAAGGGACCGAUUGAUUUAUAUUUCACUCCCAGACCGGAAAUUGUGGUACAAAAAAGAAAGGAGGGGGGAAAACAAACAGCCAUUAAUGAUGCAUGCAAGAAAGAGUUGAGAGGAAGAGCGUGUGCUGCUUUUGCAAGGUGGAUGUAUGAUGCAGGAAUUGCAUUCAAUGCUGUUAAGUAUGAUAGCUUUGCCGAGGUUGUUGAAGCAAUUGGACAAUAUGGUCCUGGCAUGAAACCACCUAGUUAUCAUGAGGUGAGAGUUCCUUUGCUUAGGAAGGAAUUGGAUAAUACCAAUGCUUUAAUGAAUGACCAUAGGGAGGAGUGGUCAAAAUUUGGAUGCUCGUUAAUGGCAGAUGGGUGGACAGACAAGAGAGGGAGAACAUUGCUUAAUUUCCUAGUAAAUAGUCCAAGGGGAACCAUGUUUAUUGAGUCGAUAGAUACUUCUUCUUUUUCAAAGGAUGGUGACAAGAUGUUUGACUUACUUAAUAAAUUUGUCAACCGCAUUAGAGUAGCAAAUGUCAUCCAAGUCGUCACAGAUAGUGAGUCAAGCAAUAAGUAUGCCGGGAGGAUGUUAGAGAAAGAACACCCACAUUUGUAUUGGACCCCAUGUGCUGCUCAUUGCUUAGACUUAAUGUUGGAAGACAUUGGGAAAAUAUCGUCUAUCUCUAGAACAAUGCAGAGGGCAGUGGAGUUGAAUAGUUAUAUUUAUAUGCGACCAAAGUUGUUGAACAUUAUGAGGAACUUUACUCACAAAAAGGAGUUGCUUAGGCCUGCUAAGACUCGAUUUGCUACAUGUUUCAUCACAUUAUCAAGUAUUCACAAGCAAAAGAAUAACUUGAGAAAGAUGUUUACUUCAGAAGAAUGGAAUCGUAGUAAAUGGGCGAAAGAGGAAGCCGGUAAAAGAGUUGCUUCUUAUGUUUUGAUGCCUUCCUUUUGGAACAACAUUGUCUUUAGCCUUAAGGUUUCCGGUCCUCUUAUUCCGGUUUUGAGAUUAGUUGAUGGCGAGAGAAAGCCUCCCAUGUGAU